GCAGUUUGUCGCCGUCACGAUAGUGACAAAUUAAAAUAAAAUCAUUGUGUGACUUUGAAAUAAAAUCAGGAAAAAAUUGAGAAUAUUCUUCGAUUAUUUAUCCACUAAGAAUUUACUGGCAUUUUUAUUUACUUGUUCUGGAAUUUAUUUAAUCGCUAAAAAAUUGCUGGUACUUUUAUAUACAGAAAAUCAUUGUGGGACUUUUAAAUAAUGAUAGCGAAAAAUUGAGAAUAUUCUUCGAUUAUUAAGGAUUUACUGGCAUUUUUAUUUACCACCCUCUAGAGGAUAGAAUUGAGAAUUAAAAAUUGACAAAGGAUCAGGAGAAUUCAUUUGUUAGGGAGCGUCAGCUAUGUUCGUAGUUCAUUGCUGCCAUGUGUAUAUGUCAGUUAAAUUAAAAACAUCGUUAAAAAAGUAAAACACUUCUGAAGUUUAACGAAAACUUGAAAUUAUCCUGGAAUUUUUUUCGUUAUAAGGAUUUGCUGGAUUUUUUCCACUUACAAUUUAUUGACGUCGAGCAUUAAGGAACAAGGAUUUUUCUUUUUAAAUUAUGGCGAUCGUGUCAGAUUUUUCCCCGAUAAUAAAGGAUAUUGUUAAAAAGGCUUCGCUUGAUUCUGAUGAUGAAUCUGUUCAUUGGCUACAAAUAACAAUUCCCUACAAAAAUUUUGAGUCAGGUAUUUGUAAAGGUUCCAUAAACGAGAUAUGGUGUUCGUGUUCAUUAGAAUUUUACAAAAUUGAUAACAAUUUCCGUGCGUUCAUAAAAUUUUUGCCAUGUUUGGCACAAGAAAAAUAUAAAGUCACUUUUUAUAGAGUGUACAAUCAUUAUGUAGUUAAUGGAAAAGAGACUCAAAUAAACAAUAGUAUGUUUAAUUCUUUCAUCUGUUUUGGGGAAUUUACAAUAACGAAUUUGAGAAAACAGGAAGACAUAUUGUUACUCUGCAAGAUUGAAGCGAUAAAUGUUGCCGAUUUAGAUGUUGUUAUUUCUAAAAAUAUAACGUCGGCGAAAUUCUUCUCUCUUUACCAACAAAGAAAAUUCACCGAUUUUAAAAUAAUUUGUGAAGAUCAAGAAUUUUGGGUACAUAAAAUAAUUCUUAUAUGUCAAUCUGAUGUUUUUCGAGUGAUGCUUGAAAAUCCGAUGACGGAGGCUCGAGAUAAUAAACUAAUAAUUGGAGAUUUCGAACUGAAAAUUGUCGAAGAAAUGAUUCGAUAUUUGUAUACUGACGAAAUUACAGGAAAACUAUCUCAAGACGAAUUAAAACAAUUAUUAUUGAUAGCGAAUAAAUAUAAUUUGGAAAAUUUGAAAAAACUCUCUUUAAAGAAAAUAUGUAAAUUAAUAAAAGACUUCAAAGAAGCAUAUGAAUUACUUUUAUGUAUUGAAUCGUAUAAUUUCGAUGAUUUGAGGCAAUUAAUGAUUAAAUUCAUGAGCGAUAAUGCACAUUUACUGUCAAAAAAAUAAUAUUUCGAUCAGAACAUUUGUUAAUUUAAUUAACUUUAUGUCCAUGUUUGUAAAAAGAACUCUUAAGUUCUGAAAAUUAUUGUAUGGAUUUUUUUUGUUCGUUCCUACUUUUAUAAGAAUGUAUACUUCUGCUAAUUAAUAAAUCUACUGCGUUCUUAACUUA